CGUGAUAAUCACAACCAUCACAACAUCAACAUUAUCAUCAUAUCAUUGAAAUUACAAGUUAUUAUAUUUAUUGUUUAAUAACUAUGUUAUUUUGUUUUUUAAAUUAAUUUAUUGUUUAUCACGUGAUUUUUAAAAUUUUUAAAUAAAAUUCUAACAAUGUUUCUUAAACCUAUUAAAGUUAAGUCAAACAAUCAACUAAAAGGAACCGAGAGAAAAAAAUUAUGUGAAGAUGUUGUGAGUGCAUUUCCAUCAUUGACUGACAAUGACGUACAAAAUUUAUUACCAAAAAAGGAAGCAAUAAGUUUCAUGAAAGUGGUAACGCACAGUGGAGAAAUAUGCAAAUUAUAUUGUGUUGCUAAAAUUCCAAUGUUUUUUCAACUCGAUCAGUCAACAGUCCCGUUGUUUCCAACAAUUUACACGUUAUGGCAACAUCCAAAUUUACUAUACACAUUCAAAACUCAUAGGUCAGUUAUACCAAAGUUAGCGAGUGGUGCUAGCUUGAUGUUACCAGGUGUCAUACUGGAUGGGCCACCAACAUUUCGUUCUUACGGUAAACUAGAAAAAAAUACUCCUGUUACAGUCAUCACUGAAGACAAUAUUGCAGCAGUAGCUGUUGGAGUUACGUCACAUUCCUCAGAAGACAUGUACAUGUCUGGUGGUCGUGGUAAAUGUGUUGAUAUUUUGCACGUUAUCGGUGACAUGAUUUGUCAAUUAGGAAAACCACCAGCUAGACCUCAGCUAGAUCCAGCGCCUGAAAAAAUUGAUGAAACCACUGAUAAUCAGGAUUCCAAUGAAUCAACUGAUGUCUCUGAUAAUAAACUUGAUUCUGCUGAUGCUAAGGAAUUAAUUGAAUCAAUAAAUAUAACUGACAAUGAAAAUAAUAGCAAUGAAACAGUGCAGACAAAUGAAGAAACUCUGGAUUUAAUUGAUGAAGAAAUGGAUCCUGUCAAAGAAAUGGAUAAAUUAUUGGAGUACUGUUUUUUAAAAUCAUGCAAAGUUUUAAAAAAAAGUGAAUUACCGCUGCUUAGUUCGAGUUUUUUUAAAAAUAAUCUGAUAGUCGCAUGCCCUUUGGGUCAGGUUGUUGAUAUUAAAAAAUCAAGCUAUAAAAAAUUGUCAGUAUUUCUUGCAGAUAUGAAGGCUAAAGGUGUUAUUGAUACGACGAUACUCAAAGGAGUUGAAAGUAUUACAUACAUUAAGACUGAGCAUCCAUUAUUAAAAGAAUUAGUUAUCAACGAAUCAGCAGAAGCGUCGCAAUCAAAUAAAACUUCAAACACGCCAGUUGUUGCUGAAUGUUUUAAAGUUACUGCUGAUGUUCUUCCAGUGCUUUCUAAAUUUGGUUUUGAGAAAGGUGACGUAAUGAAACGCCCGGAAAUUCGCAAGUGUUUUACUGAAUACGUUAAGAAAGAAAAUCUGCAGGACGGAAAAAUAUUGAAAAUAAAUCCACAAUUGGCUGAUAUUUUACGUACAAAAGAGAGUGUAUUGACAUUAACGAUGGAAGAUGGAAUAAAUAAAUUCAUCGGACGAAUGACUCACACUCACGAAAUCACUGUUGCCGGUACAAAGUUAUUGCAUACAGGAAAACUAGAGCCCAUUGAUAUCACUGUAGCCUCGCGUUGCAAUAAUAAAAAGGUUACUCUAGUCAAUAAUUUGGAAAUGUUUGGGAUAAAACUUGAUGAGUUUAGCAAAGAGUGCCAAGUAAUUGGUGCCAGUGCAACGAUAACUGAUAUACCGGGUAAAAAAACUCCCAGUGUACUCGUCCAAGGAAAUCAAGUUCUCUAUGUGUAUAAAUUAUUAACCGAUAAGUAUCGGAUAAAUAAAAAUUAUAUUAGAGGCCUGGAGUUCGCACCCAAGAAGCGUAAAUAAAUUUAUAAAUUAUUAAACAUUAAUUUAUUAUAAAGUUUCCAUUAAAUAAAUGAAACGUAAAUUGUAAAAAAUGUUUAUGUUGUUAAAGUUGU